AUGUUGAAGUACCAAUUAAUUGGGAAAAAGGGUAGAUUCUUUUCUAAGAAGAAAGUCCAUGAAUAUCCGCUUAAGCAUCUCCAUUCAUUGCCGUUGGAGAUACUACUUGAGGUUUUUCGUCAUUUUGUCGAUGAUUACCAGACAUUGAGAAGUGUGGCAUUGUGUUGUAAAAAGUUUAACCAUAUUGUCAACAAACACCUAUUAUACAAUCUGAUUGUUUUCAGAAACCCAAAAAAGUUUUACCAGUUUGCCACUAUUCAUCUACUAGCAGAUAUAAGCAACAAAAUCAAUUUUUUAAACACCAUUGAGUUUAUCAACCCGCAAAUUAAAGAUUCAGAAAACACCAAACUAAAUAUAGCAGGGAGCUAUGCUGUUGAGUCGAAAGUAAGGGCAAUGGAUCAGCUCAAUUAUACAGAGUUUAUUUUGUCGUUGUCAAACUUGUUUACACAUGCCUUUGGGUUGAAGUGUGUUAUUUUUAGUGAGAUUUCCCCGUCGUUUGGGUUCCCGAUGGAGUACAAGUCGAGUAGCAGCAAUAUCUUUAAACGCAGGACACCGAAAACGAAAAACCGACGAUUGCGUAAGCUAGUGUUGAAGACGCAAUCUGGGUGGUCGAUACCGUUUCGUAAUACCCACUUGUCCCUUAUAGCUGAGUAUUUUGAUGUGGUUGACGAAUUGUGUUUGGUUAAUUUUAUCAUUGAUAACCCAAUAACGUUAAAGGAUCUACGGAUAAAUAAACUACAUUUUGAAUCGUGUAUCUAUCCAUUUAAGAAGGGAACGAAACGAGAGUGUCCGAUAUUUGCCAAUGUUUCGGAACUAGAACUUUCCAAAAUAGCCAAUAGCACGGAGUUGUCGUUGAUUGAUUUGGUUAAGGUCAAGAAUGAGGUAUUGCAUUAUUUGACGUUGGAUAUUGGGUCAAAUAUUUUUUACAGCAAUCUGGAAUUCAAGUUUGGCAAGUACAAUCCGUUUUUCCAAUUGUUGUGUUCUGGGAUUGGAGGGUACUCGAGGUUGGACACAUUAAAAUUGACGAAUUUUGAAUUGUUUGAUUACUUGCGACACGAUGAUGUGCAUAAAGAUGUUGAUUCGUGGAUAGAGCCGCCUACGGAUAAUUUUGAAACGUUUAUGGAGUACACGUCGCAGAUCGCCCACUUGAUUAUUGUGCUACGAAAAUUCCCAUCAAGAGUCAAGACGUGUGUCAAAUGUGGGUUCAAAGAGCAGCAACUGGAUAAGAAUAUUGAGUCAUUGACGUAUGAUGAGUGGAAGAUAUUUCUUAGUCCGUUGGAGUUAAAUCCUAAGAAUACACUACAGAUAUUUCGACAUGAUUAUAGAUUACUAUACACAAAAUCAAGGUAUUAA